AAAACCCCAUUCGACCAAAAAAAAAAAAAAAAGACUUGGUUCUGUAUCACCUUAGUAUUAAUCCGUUAUUCUCAAAAUCAGAGGAUAAUGGGUAAUUAUCGGUUUAAACUAUCGGAGAUGAUCCCGAACGCAUGGUUUUACAAGCUGAGAGACAUGGGGAAGUCGAGGAAAAAGCAGAGGCAGCAAAACAGCACGGUGUCUCCUUCUCCCCUCAAGAAACAACAAACAGUUCCCACGACGACAUCGGCACGCAGUCCUCGACGCUCUUCUUCUCACUAUUCAAGGCCAGCCAAAACCGCGCCACCGUCCGUUGCAAACCGGCUUCGUCACCGAUCCACCGUCGACACAAAGUCCUCUGCUCCCAAUCACGUUAUUUCCUCCACCGUCUCAACGACUUCCGGUGAUAGCACUGCCACCGGAACGGGAUCUUUCUCACCGGAGUUUCGUUCCGAUCAAGUACUCAUCCCUGACGAGUCCUCCUGGCACAGCCCUUGCAGCUGCGACGUCAGCUCCAAAUUGUCCAAAGCCGUGACCUUUACGCCGCCGCCGGGACUGGAUCUCCGUCCGAUCAUCACCAAACCGGCGAAUAAACCAACCACCGUGCGGAAAACGGCGGCGGGUUCUCCGGCGGGUGUGAGAAUUAGACUACGCUCGCCGAGGAUCUCAACGAGGAAAUCGGCGAGCAGCAGCGCAAGGAGAAGCGGGACGGUGGCGGUGAGUUCGCGGCGGAGCAGGGCGGUGGUGAAGGCGUCGGUUGACCCGAGGAGAGAUUUCAAGGAAUCGAUGGAGGAGAUGAUCGCGGAGAACAACAUAAGAGCGUCCAAGGAUCUUGAGGAACUUCUAGCUUGCUAUCUCUGUCUUAAUUCAGAUGAGUAUCACAACAUUAUCAUCAAUGUCUUCAAGCAACUCUGGCUUGAUCUUAAUCUUAAUUGUCCCCCACCGUAAUUAUUCCAAAUAAAGAUAAAUCAUUAUGUAUAUAUAUAUAUAUAGAUAUAUAUAUUACCCAUAUUAAUUACUCCUCAGUCUCUACUAUCUUAGUAUAUUGUUGUAUAUACAAUUCGUAUGGCUAUUUAUAUGCA